AUGCCGUUUGGAGAGUGCACCAUCACUCUUCAAGAUGUUGUCGUUCAGCUGGGACUAAAUAUUGAUGGGCAACCUGUUACCGGGGUGACAUGGUGUGACUGGUCUGAUCUCGUUACUCGUGCGCUAGGAGUCACUCCACCGCGACGUGCUAUUAGAGGAAGUUGUUUAAACAUGAGAUGGUUAAACCAGUGUUUUGAUUUUCAAAACCUAGGUGCACUUGGGCCGGCAGAAGCUGAAUUUGCUGCAAGAGCAUUCAUUUUGCGCUUGAUUGGCACUUUCUUAUUACCCGACCACUCGGGAUCAAAUGUGCCUCUAAGAUAUCUACUACUAAUAGAGAAUUUAGCUCUGGCCUCCACGUACAGUUGGGGUUCGGCUGUGCUUGCAACUCUCUAUCAUGAGUUAUGCCAUGCAACCGGUUAUGAACGACAAGAAAUCGGUGGUUGUACUUAUUUGCUCCAAAUCUGGGCUUGGGAAAGGAUUCCAAUGACUGCCCCUGAAAUCAUACCGAUAUUGCAAAUCGGCUGCCCCAUCGCAGGAAGGUGGGGAAGAAACCCAAAUCGUGUUGACGUUGGUCGUCAAACGAAUCAAAUUGAUUUGUGGCGGAUCAAGCUCGACGAACUGAGAGCUGAAGACUUUGUCUGGAGGCCAUACCCAGAUCAUGUUAUAAAUUCGCUACCGGAACGGUGUUGGCAAAGUAUGCACUUGUGGAGAUCAGUUGUGCCAAUGAUAUGCUACACCUUUGUUGAGUGGCACCAACCGGAUAGAGUCUUGCAACAGUUUGGCAUGUUUCAGGGGGUACCUGACCCACCAUAUCAAAUUGAUAAACUGCAUGACAUAACUUUGGCGGGGAAGGAACAGGAAGAUUGGGUUACAGCCAUGAUGCCCUUUAUACAGGUGUGGGGGCAAAGACACCAAAGGAUAGUUCAGCAACCCGUGGUUAAUACGUUAGCUGGCCCUAACGACCGUUACAUGAAGUGGUACGCCCAACAUUCCAUUCGUUGGCUGACGCGUCAGAGUUCGACAACAGGGCAAAUUGGUGAAAACAUUCAACAUGUGUGGUAUGGACUUUCUGACGUCGAUCGCGGUAUGUAUACACCUGAGGAAAUGCAAAGCCAAGCCGCGCGUUGCCUUACUUUAUGUCACCAGCUGGACAGGAUUACUGUUCCUGCCGCGUCAGUUGAACUCAUGCCUAUGGACUUACCACGUCCCACAAUUGAAUACGUACCACAUGUUGGAAGAGCAGAAGCACAGGGUUUGGGCAAGUAUUGGAAAGAGGUGCAUGCUCAGGAUGUGACUAUACAUGGAGGUACUCUACCACCUCGAGAGGGCGAGUACUCGUUGUAUCCCCUACAUCAGGGUGAUUCAUACCGACAAUACCACUUUGGUGGUGGGUCGAGACAGCCUGCAAAUGAGUCAGGGUCAUCUGGUAGUUCCCAACACUACCAAGAGCCACAGAUGCAGAUGCCGGAGUCACAACCAUAUUCUGGCUCACAGUCAUACAUUCCGGACAUGCCGUUUGGUGAAUCACAGUCACAACAAUAUUUUCAAGAGGAGCCUCAUUCGAUUUAUGACCAGUUCAGGACACCGGAAAUGCAGCACAUUGAUCCCCAAGGAUGGAGCCCUGUACCUGGAUGGGGAGGCGGUGGUGUAAGUGAAGUGUUGGAAAUUCCCCGAGCUUCUGACGUGUUGAAUCCCCGACCAUCAUUCUGGAAUGUUGCCAACCCAGAUGCGAUCAGCAAUGCACAGGCUAGCUUUGUGUUUGACUUGAACCAAGCAUCUGGAGUAGGAGACAAUGAGUCCAACAUCCAACAUGGACUUUCUUAUGGCCAAGGUAGCCAACAUGAGAACCAAGCAGAGCAGGAAGGUAGGCCAUAUCGAGUAGCGAGAGACACACCUUGGCCUGAUUGCGGAACAGGAUCCCAUCGAACUCAUCAUUGA